GUGGAGCAAUCUUCGACCUUGGAAGGUUGGGCCUACCUCCCUACUGGCCUGGAGAAAGUCGCGAAUUGCGCCACCCACCUCCCCUUUAUACCCGUCAGCGUCUAUUUGGCAGUCAACCUCAUUAAUAAGACAAGAACACCCACCGAACUGCUAGUCGCCGCUGUUUAUGGUAUUGCUCUCAUCUCCCUUUUCGGGGCCUCCUCUGCCUACCACUUUUGCGCCCUUUUUCCCACCAAGAGCCGUUUCCACGAUCUCCUGCAUUUCUUUGACCGUUUGGUCAUAUUCGUUUUCAUCGCCGCUUCUUAUACCCCUUGGCUUGUGUUGCGUGAAUUCGAGAUGGACAUUGGUCUCUUAAUGCUCAAAGCUAUUUGGACAACUGCUCUCUGCGGUGCCGUAUAUCAAUAUUUCUGCCGGAAAAAAUGGAGGCUUUUAAGCCUCAUUUUCUACCUCACGAUUGGUGUACUGCCGGCGAUUUCCGUUGCUUACAUAAAGGAUUUUUCCGGACUUCGAAUAGUAGCUCUGGGUGGACUGACGUAUAUCACCGGAACUAUCUUCUUCAAAAUGGACGGUGUGAUUCCCAUGGCACAUGCAAUUUGGCACUGCUUCGUUGCAUUGGCUGCCUACAUUCAUUUCUCAGCAAUCGACCGAUAUCUCUACUCACCCCUAAUUUGA